AUGUCGGUGACAUAUCUAUCAUCAUUAGUCGAACAUUUCAGCCGUUCUGAUUUGCAACGCAGUUGGGCAACGCAAGCACGGCGUGUUCGUCGUCCGAUGAAUUCGCAUUCGACGGCAUCCGUCGAGAUUCAGACAAGUCAACAACCAGUGCCAUUUAUCCCGCCUCCAGGUUAUUACUCGGAAGUAAUGGCCACAGACUCGUCCGCUAUGUAUCCAAUGUAUGUUCCACCGUAUUCAAUGAGUAACACACCGCAGUUGUCAAUGCGGGAUCCAAGGCGCUUUCAGGGACUGCCCGGUCUGCAAGCACCGCCACCAUAUCCUCCUCCACCAAGCUAUAGCCAAAUUCAAAACUUUCCCGAAUUGCCGACAGUCAGUAACGCUCGGCUCGACAAUCGUACGCCAUCGCGGAACGGCAAGAAAUCAGAAAUCACUCCAGUCGAAUAG